AUGGCUCUGGGGAUCGACGGCUCUAUGACCAAUGGAAUGCAAGCACUCCAGUCUUGGCAGGAGCGCUUCGGAUAUCCGACUGGCUCUAAACUCGGUUUCUUUGGGGCAGCCAACGCUAUCGGAGGUGUUGUGCCGUUCCUGUUCCUUAGCUGGAUCGGCGAUGUUUUUGGACGUCGUCUGCCUACAAUGCUGGGAUCUAUCGUCAUCAUCGCUGGUGUCUUGGUUGAGUUCUUCGCAACAUCUUUGGAUAUGUAUAUUGGGGGAAAGAUCGUCCUCGGUAUCGGAUCGUCGCUUAUCCAGAUGGGCGCACCAGUGCUCGUUACCGAACUCAGUCAUCCUAAAGAGCGUGUACAGAUCACCACCUUUUACAAUACCUCUAUUGUGCUUGGUUAUGUGAUUGGUGCAUGGGCAACUUUUGGAGCCUACCGUAUCGACAGUCAGUGGUCGUGGAGGCUCCCAACACUGAUUCAGCUCAUACCCUCUGCUUACCAAGGGUCUCUGAUCUACUUCUGCCCGGAAUCACCUCGUUGGCUCAUUGCGAAGGGUCGUCUUGAAGAGGCCAAGGCUAUUCUUGUCAAAUACCAUGGAGAGGGUGACCCAAAUUCCGAACUUGUCGACUUUGAGUGCACGGAGAUUCAACACGCCAUUAACAAGGAAGCUGAGGCCAACAUGACAUGGAAAGAGUUCUUCUCCUCAAUCCCGAAUCUGAAGAGGAUCUCGUUGUGCUUUGCCACAGCGGUUUUCAGCCAGUCAAGCGGAAAUCUGCUUGUAUCAAACUAUCUCACCCAGAUUCUGAAGGACACCGGCCUGAAGACACAAUACGAAAUCACACUUGUCAAUGGAAUGGUCACGUUGUGGCAGUAUAUCGUCGCCAUUGGAGUCACCUUGGUGAUUAAUAGAUUCAAGCGGCGAUUUUUCUUCGUCACUGGAUCAGCGGGUGUUCUUGUCACCUUCAUCGUUUGGACGAUCGGCUCUCAGCAGUACAUCGAAAAGGGCUCAUUGCCUGCUGGUCGGCUUGUUCUCGCAUGCAUUUUCAUAUUCCAGGGGUUCUAUACAUUGGCAUGGACGAAUCUGAUAGUCACAUACCCUCUAGAGAUCGUAACAUAUCAGAUGCGUGCGAAGACGUGGGCCUUUGUUCUCCUCACCAUCCAGGUUGCUUCCAUCUUCGGCUCCUACGUCAACCCAAUCGGACUCGAGAAUAUCAGCUGGAAGUUCUACAUCUAUUAUUGUAUCUGGGUGGCAAUUGUCUUCCUGAUUGUAUACUUCUUCUUCGUGGAAACGGCCGGACCUACACUCGAAGAGUUAACAUAUCUCUUCGAAGGAAAGGAAGAGAAGCGCCGGAUGAAAGAGAACCUGGAAGCAAAGCGCGAUGUUUCGCAUGAUGACCAACUUGGAGAUAACAAGGAGGUGGCGUAG